CUGGUAGCAUCUUGACGCUUGAGGCCUGCAUGUCAUUGUUUUGCUAAUAAUAAGUUAUAUAGACUGGACAUGCUUUAUUCUUAUUUGCUAUGUUGGCAGCCUGCGUGCUGUUGGUCAGGGGAGUGGGAGUUUUUGUCCUGUGAUGGCGUCUUGUCUGUUGUUGUCUGAGCAAUGUGAAUUUAGUGUGAUUUAAUCUAGAAAGUCUAUUCAUUUAUAGUCAUAUUAUCUGGCGACGAGGAUCAAACACAAAUGUACAAUGUCUAAACCUCCGUUAUUUAAUCCUGAUGAGGAAGACUUUUCCAUCUACGUGGAGAGGCUUGGUCUGUAUUUUGAAAUUAAUGAAACUCCAGAAAAGUUGCGAAAAAGCUAUUUAUGUGUCAAUUUAAGUUUGUCUGUGUAUUCUGAAUUGAAAACUUUAUUAGCACCUACAGAGUUGAGUAAAGCAUCUUAUGAACAAUGUGUCAAGGCUUUAACUACAAAAUUUUCAUGGAAGAGUAAGGUUAUCCCUGAACGUUUCCUGUUCCAUCAACGGAAACAAAAAGUGGGCCUAGGCACGGAUAUGGAGACAGGAGAAUGGUAUUGACAUCUAAUUGUUUUACAAGAGUAUAAUGUAGGCUACAGUACCGAACUCAUAGUACCGUACCGCACUCGUAGUACUUUAAUAAAAUUUCACAAUUUUUGUAAUAUAUGAAUAAGAAUUCCACAGACUUAUACAUUAUUACAUGGUUCAUCGUACUACCAUCUACUUCUACUGCCGCAUCCACACUAUCGCCCAAUGCGUACAAGUAAUGACGACGAUCGCGAUAGUGUGAAUGGGUGGUUUGCCAGCGUUUGCUAUAAUUGGCCUUUGCUUGCUAUCGCUCCGUUUUUUGUCGAAGGCUACCCAAGCGAAGGCGAGUGGCCAGUCAAGCAUCCACAAAUGGUCACAUUGCACAUUGCAGUGAGGAUGGCAAGACUAACGUGGCCAAACUUACCAGAAUAGCCAGCGACUGAGCGAUAGUGUGGACUAGGCAUAACAUGAGGAAACAUUUCAAAUAAAUUACAAGAGUUCAAAAUAUUUAUGAAAACUGACGUCUAGGCUCAUGGUGUUAGUUGAAUGUUAGUCUGUUGAAUGUUUGUUGAAAGUUGUAUGUUAUUCUUAUAAGAAUAAGCCAUACGCUUAUGUAUCAAUGUCGCAAAAUCAUUACCAUGAAUGAGAUCAAUGAGUUUAAUAAGAAAUCUUAUAUUAUUAAAAACACAUUUAUUCAUGUUUUGAAGAUUUGUAGAAAAUAAUACAGUACUAUAAAAUUAGCAAUGAACAAGAAUUAUUUCGAAUUACUAAUUAUUAGGCCUAUAAUUAUCAUUUGCUCUUCAAAUGA